AUGGAGCUCACCAUGGAGAACCUUCACAGCAUCUCGUCGCACUCGCAGGUGGGGAACCUGAUGAGCUCGCGACCGUCAGCUUCCCCGAGUUCGGCUUCAAGGAAUCUAGUGUCGCACGCCCCCGCCGCGCGCUCGGCGAUGGUGUCCGGCAUGAGUUCCAUCCUGGAAGGCUCCGGCGGCGGAGACUACCGGCAGGAUCCGCCCGCGCUGUCCGGACACCUUCAUCCGUCCAUCAGCAUGUGCGACACCGGGAUGAGUCUCAGCAACACGUACACGACCCUGGCCCCGCUGCAGCAUCUACCUCCCAUCUCAACCGUGUCGGAGAAGUUUCACCAUCCGCACUCGCACCACCACGCCGCGACCCACCCGCGACUCUCGUCCGGGAACGUCAGCGGCAGCUUCACGCUGAUGCGGGACGACCAUCGCGGGCUGGCCCCCAUGGGCAACAUUUACAAUCACUACCCCAAAGAAAUGUCCGGUAUGCAUGGCCACGGCUCGCUUUCGCCGCUGCCCAGCGGCCUGAGCUCCUUGCACACCGCUCAGCAGCCGCUCACCUCUUACGGCCCGAGCGCGCACCUUUCCGCCGAAGCCAAGAUGCUUUCCCCGGUGUCGGGGUUCGAGUCGCACGCCUCCAUGCUGUCCAGGAGCGAGCAAGAGCACCUGGCGAGGAGUUUAGGCGGCCACGGACACGGGAUGAUCUCCAACCUCAACGGCAUGCACCACCAUUCGCACGGCCACCUCCACGCGCAGCCUGGUGGCGCCGUCAUGCUGGGGGAGCGCGAGAGGCACGGCCACGGCAGCGGCCAGGCCGGGGUCGCCGGCUCGGGCAUCCAGGCGGAGGAAAUCAACACCAAGGAAGUGGCUCAGAGGAUAACGGCGGAAUUGAAGCGCUACUCCAUCCCGCAGGCCAUAUUCGCCCAGAGGAUCCUGAGCCGGUCCCAGGGGACCCUCUCGGACCUGCUCCGGAACCCCAAACCCUGGAGUAAGCUCAAGUCGGGCCGAGAGACGUUUAGGAGGAUGUGGAAGUGGCUGCAGGAGCCCGAGUUUCAGCGGAUGUCUGCUCUUCGGCUGGCCGCAUGUAAACGUAAGGAAGAAGACCGAGGACGAGAGCGCAACCAGGUGCCAAAGAAGCAGCGGCUGGUCUUCACAGACCUGCAGCGUCGUACCUUGGUAGCCAUCUUCCGAGAGAAUCGUCGGCCCUCUAAGGAGAUGCAGCUGACCAUCUCCCAACAGCUGGGCCUGGAGCUCUCCACCGUCUCCAAUUUCUUCAUGAACUCUCGCCGCCGCUGUCCGGAUCGCUGGGACGUCGAGGAGCACGGCCACGGGGCACACGGACACGUGCACGCCGCUCACAGACACGGCAAUGCCAACUCCUCGCCCGUCCACCCCGGCACCUCCUCGGUCAGCACUUUCUCCAAGGCCUGA